CCUGGUGAGUAACAAGUUAUCAUUAUAUCGCAGUGUUGUCGGGACGAUAGUCCGGCUUAUAGAGUUCUAUCGGCUGUCAAUCUACAAGCCUCGGUACUCAGUGGCAUUGACGUGAUAGACCAUCACGCAACUCAACGCAUUCCUCGAGCCGCAUCUUCUUAGUACGAAGUGAAGAGAAUCGCCGGAGAGAUGCCGGACGCGUACGAAAAUAUUAAUAUGGCGAUGCGCAGCAUAUUGACGACUGGUGUUAUUGGAGAUAAUGAGGACCCGUACUUCCAGUUUAACGAUUUAACAUCAAUGGGUAGUACAGAUAUUCUAAGUCCAUUCAGUAGUUCUGGAUCUCAAGGAAACAUCAGCAUGACAUCGCCUAUGUCGACAUCCUCGUCACCUAUGCAUAUCACAGAUGAUUAUAUUAAUCUAACAAAUGCAGGAGUAAUGAUACUUGGUGAACCAUAUCUCAGUAUCAUGGUGCAGCCGAUGGAGAAAUUUAGAUUUCGAUACAAAUCCGAAAUGGUGGGAACCCAUGGAAGCUUGCUCGGUGUAUAUACUGGACGUAAACGAAAUAAAAAUAACGUACCUACAGUCAAGUUACAUAAUUAUUCGGAUAAUGCAAUCAUACGUUGCACAUUAGUUACAACUGACGAAGACCUGAGAAUACCGCAUGCUCAUAGACUAGUGAGACGAGUAGAUAGUGCGGAUAUAGGGGAUCCACAUUAUAUGGAAGUUUCGUCUCAAAAUGAUUUUACAGCCGAAUUUGUUGGUAUGGGCAUAAUACAUACGGCGAGAAGACAUGUUAAAGACGAAAUAGUACGAAAAUUGCGCGAAGAAGCUCUAGAGAAACUGAAACGUUUAAAUAUAAACGCUACUCUCAAUCUUCGUGAUGAUGCGCAGAUUAAAUCUGAUGCUGAGCAAUAUCAAAAAACUAUAAAUCUAAAUAGUGUUUGCCUUUGUUUUCAAGGAUUUAUCAAAGAUCAACAUAAUAUUAUGAGACCGAUUACAGCAGCGGUUUAUAGCAAUCCAGUCAAUAAUUUGAAAAGUGCACUAACUGGAGAACUUAAGAUAUGCAGAAUUGACAAAUUCACUAGCAGCUGUGAAGGUGGCGAAGAGGUAUUUAUACUUGUGGAAAAAGUUUCAAAAAAAAAUAUAAAGAUAAAAUUCUUUGAACUCGACGAUGAUGACACUGAAAUUUGGAUGGAUUAUGGUCGUUUUUCGGAAUUAGAUGUCCAUCAUCAAUAUGCCAUGGUAUUUCGAACGCCACCAUACAGAGAUCGAAAUAUCACUUCUCCAAAGGAAGUUUUCAUACAACUAGAACGUCCUUCAGAUUCAUAUUGUUCAGAACCAAUCAAGUUUACAUAUAAACCAACUGAGCGUAUGAUAGGUAGGAAGAGAACGCGAGUCUCUCAUUCAAAUAGUGCGGAAUUGACCCAAGCAUUAACAUUUAAUAAUGAUAUGCUUUUAAAUACACCAUUAAGUUCCACCACAAGUUCGCCUUCAAGCAACGACAGUGCCGAAAUAUCUAAAGAAAUAAAAAAGAUGUUAGACGAUAGAUGUUCUUCUAGUGAGUUUCGUGAUUUUGUCGACCAUAUAAAUUUAGACUUGUAUGAGAAAUUGUUAAACCAAGGCGGCGAAGAUAAGUUAACUUAUGAUAGUGCGCCGAGUAAAAAGGACAAAUUGUUCGCAAAAAAUGUUAUUAUUGAUACGAUAAAGAAUAUGAAAAUGAAGCCCCAUGAAGUAAAAGAUAUUAUUAAAAUAUCAUUCAAAGACAGAACAACUUACGGAGAUACGCCAUUGCACUGUGCGCUCCGAUAUGGACAAAAGAACAAUGUAAAACGUAUCUUAAUGCUUAUGAGCACUCUAAAUACAGAUGCUGAAGAAUUGGUGAACAUUCGAAAUAGUUCUGGAAAAACUCCGUUGCAUUAUGCUGCUUCGCAAGAUCAACCAGAAAUUAUACGAGCAUUGCUCAUGCUUGGAGCAGAUCCUAAUAUAACAGAUCAUUAUGGACAAAUGCCAUUACAUAGAGCUGUAAAAUUUCCUGAAGCAGAAGGAAGCAUUGAUGUUUUAUUAGCUGAAAAAGAUGUCAACAUCGAAGCAAAUACAGACUGUGGAUGGUCACCUUUGCAAUUAGCUGCCCAAGCUGGCUCGUAUCAUGCAGUAUGUUCUCUCAUUAAAGCUGGCGCAGAUGUAAAUAAUACUGACAUGACCUAUGGAAGAACUGCCUUACAUAUAGCAGUCGAAGGAGGUCACAAAGACAUUGUUGAAUUUCUGUUAAAAAAUACCAAAAUAGAUGUAAACAAGAAGAACUUUAGCGGAAAUACAGCAUUGCACACCGCAAUAGUUACACCAGGGACAAAAGCCAAAGAGAUAUGUGCUCUUCUAGUGAAAUACGGUGCUGAUCCGCACAUAAGGAAUUAUAAUCGUGAAUCAAAUAAUGUUGACGGAGAACAGAUACAAGAUAUAAAAAUCGAAGUGCAUUCAGAAGAUGAAAAUAUGGAAGAAUGCAAUGGGCAAUCAUCUUUUGACUUAGCAUUAAAUAAACCAGACAUUUUACAACUCGUCUCCGGUCAAAAUGAUAUGUUAAUAAAUAACACGAUAAAAGAAGAAAAUAUAAACGAUACACAAAAAGUUUGGAUGGAUAUAGAUCAAGAAAAACAUUUGGCAAGCAUUUUAGACGAGACAAAAGGAUGGAAAAAAUUGGCGCAUUAUUUCGACUAUAAGUACUUAAUGAAUAUCUUUAAACAGACAUCCAGUUCGUCAUUACUCCUCUUAAAUUAUAUCGCUAUACAAACUAAUACAUCUCUCAGUGAUUUGAGAAAUAUAUUGCAAAAUAUAGGUGAAGAACAAGCUGCAACAUACAUGAAUCAAAUUUUAUCUAUGAAACAUGAAACGUGAAAUUUGUAUUCAUUUUA